CCCUGGCUGGCCAAUUAAAAGCAUAUAUUAUAGUUAAUUGUUCUUCAUUUAUUUGCAAAUCAUACUUUUUCUUUCUUUUUAAAUCUCUUAAUUAAACUGAAGAGAUCAUCAAAAAGCUGCAGCAAUGGGGUUAAGAGACAUCGAAGCCACACUGCCUCCAGGCUUUAGAUUCUAUCCCAGCGACGAAGAGCUUGUCUGUCACUAUUUGUACAAGAAAGUCAUCGCAAAUAAUCGACGGGUUUCUAAGUAUACUUUGGUCGAAAUCGAUCUUCAUACUUGCGAGCCAUGGCAACUUCCUGAGGUGGCGAAGCUGAACUCGAAGGAGUGGUAUUUCUUCAGCUUUCGCGAUCGGAAAUAUGCGACCGGAUAUCGGAGCAACAGGGCGACAACCUGCGGGUACUGGAAAGGCACCGGAAAAGAUCGUCGGAUUCUUGACCCCGCCACCGGCACCGUUCUGGGGAUGAGAAAAACGUUGGUGUUCUACCACCAUAGAGCUCCUCAUGGAGUCAAAACUGAUUGGAUCAUGCACGAAUUUCGCCUCGAAAAUCCCCAUAUUCCUCCCAAGGAAGAGUGGGUACUGUGCAGGGUAUUCCACAAAUCAAAAGCUACGGGGAUUUGCCAUGAAAGCAUUGUCGAUGCAACCGCCGGCACUUCUGCUUCUUCUCCUAACGCGGUGAAUAAUGCUUUCUUGCCGGUCGGUUAUUCUCCGAUGAGUGGAGUCACGGCGGGGAAUGUUGGAAUGGCGGCGCAGAGCAAGCGCGAAGAGGAUGAUGAAUAUGGCUUCUUUUAUAACGUGAAUUGUGAAGAAGCAAAUUUCCAAGCAGGCGGAGGAGUUCCUUUGUGGCUUGAGGAUUUCUGCAGGUUUGAUAAUGGUGGAAAUGGCUUGCUUUUCAUCUGAGUUGUUAUUUUAUUUUUGGAGAAACUCCAUUUAGUUUGUUGCCAAUAUAUUUGUGGUGUCUAGAGAGAAGAUCAGUGCCAUGUUUGAUUGGAAUUUUCAUUUUUAUUCAUUUUUUUUAAGAAAUGCUAAGAAUA